AACAAUAAGAGUUUGCAGGGAGAAUGUGUGUGCGCACUGCGUACUAAUGUGUGUGUGAAGUCAACUAAAGGCAUGUUUUACCGGGCAGAGAGUCGGUGAAGGACUACCAAGCCUAGAGAAACCGGAAGAAGUGAAGUUAUGACGAGAAUAUGGCUGAUAAAGGCCCUUUUUUAACAUCGUGUAUCAUCUUCUACUUGUCCAUCGGAGCGGCGAUAUUCCAGAUCCUCGAAGAGCCCAACUGGGAGUCAGCCCGCAGCAAAUAUCUUCUUCAAAAGGAAGAUGUUUUACAGAAGUACCCUUGCUUGAGGAAAGAAGAUCUGGAUGAGAUUCUGAAGGUAGUGUCGGAUGCCGCAGGCCAAGGUGUGUCCAUCACAGGGAACAAACACCACCACAUGUGGGAUUGGGGCAACUCUGUCAUCUUUGCUGCAACUAUUGUCACAACGAUAGGCUACGGUAACGUUGCUCCAAAAACCAAAGGAGGCCGUGUGUUCUGCAUCCUGUACGGUCUGUGUGGGAUUCCAUUGUGUCUGGUGUGGAUCAGCACACUGGGUUCAUUCUUUGGAGACCGAGCCAAACGCCUCUCCCAAGUUCUGAUCCGUAGAGGUGUGCCAGUGAAACGUGUUCAGCUGAUCUGCACAGCAAUCUUCCUCUUAUGGGGGCUCUUUGUGCACCUGGUGUUUCCGCCAUUGGUUUUCAUGUCCAUGGAAGGAUGGAGCUACUUGGAAGGCCUCUACUUUUCCUUCAUAACCCUCACAACUGUUGGAUUUGGGGAUUAUGUAGCAGGUGUGAAUCCAAACAUCGACUACCCGAGGCUGUACAGAGUGCUGUCAGAGAUCUGGAUCUACAUGGGCCUGGCCUGGCUCUCGCUAUUCUUCAGCUGGAAUGUCAACAUGGUCGUGGAGGCCCACAAGGUUUUUAAGAAGAGACGAUACGAACGCAAAGGCAAACACGUCGAGACGCCCGUUGACACGCCCAGAACGACCGUCGUCGACAUAUUUAAGUUCUUAUCAGAGAAAGAGGAAGACUACAGCACCGUCAUCAAGGAGAUCGGAAUGACGGCACCAAAGGUCAAAGCGGCCGAUGUUUUCAAUCGCUCCAAGAGCUGCAGCGACAUCUUGACCACCAACAUCGAGACGCUGGAUCACUCGCCGCGGCACGGCGGGCCGUUGAGCAUCAGCGAAGUGUUUCUGAACUCUGUGGGCGGCAAGGAAGAAAGCCAAGAGAAGUGCGGGACGGGAGAAGCAACAGAGAGCGCGGGUAGGGACGACACACACGGCGAUGGUGUCAGCGCCACGAGUGAGGGCAUUGAAUUUGAUGUAGCAGCCUCAACAACGCAGGAAGGAAGGUCACAACUUAACGAGAGUGCCACUCGGUUCACAAUUUGCAAAGUAGAAGAGGAAGAUUUAUCUCACGAUGAAAUGGGGUAGUUUUUUUUUUAACAUACGCUCAUAAAAAAAGAUAAUUGGCUUUCGGGUGGGAUUUCAGAAUAAUUGUAAAAUGCACUUUAAUAUUCACAGGUGAACUUAAUUUGGCCUUCUCGAAAACUUUGAAUGCCAAUGUUCAAUAUUGUAGUACUUACCAAACUGAAUAACUGUGUGAUCCAUGAAUGGACCAAUAAAUAUUACUGUUUCAUUCAAAUAGGAAAUGUAUCAAUCUUAAUCAUGAUGUUCACAUUUUGCAUUAUUGUUGAUCAACAGCGUUGCCACGGUAUGUUCUCACUGAUCAAAUGUAAUUAUAUUGCACUUUUUUCAUGCACAGGCAAGUUGCAACACAAAGUGCUUAGUUUAAGAAAAAACAAACACAUGCAAGCACAGCACAAUUGACAAUAACUAAAUAUGGCACUCAGGAUUCAGGGAAAAACUUCACCUUUGAGGCGUCCACACUGAAUAAUGACCAAAAAAAAGUUUACAUUAUUAAAAAAAGUUAUUUAAACCAUAUUUUGAAAUAUGUGUAAAAAUAUAAAUAAAUAAAUAUAUACCAUAUUUUCGAGACUAUAAGUCUCAUUCAUUACAUUUUAGAAGAAAACCAUUUUUUUCCCAUAUAUUAGCUGCACUGUGGCGACUUGUCCAGGGUGUACACCGCCUUCCGCCCGAAUGCAGCUGAGAUAGGCUCCAACACCCCCGCGACCCCAAAAGGGACAAGCGGUAGAAAAUGGAUGGAUGGAUGGACUACUUUGUAUAAACCGCAGGGUUAAAAGCUUGGGGGAAAAGUAACGGCAAAAUAAAUAAAAUAGUGAGAAUUACUGUUGCAAUAAAAUCUAAAUUAAGAUUGUUGAUAAAAAUAUUAUCAGGUUGCAACUGAGAUACAGAAAAACUAGAAGAGUGUAUUUGUCCAUUCAUGGAUUGCACAACUGUUGGGCAUUUUGCUGUUUUUUUCGUUUUUUUUCAUUGGAGAACAGCAAGUACAUUCGUCCCUCACCACAUUGCGCCUCAAAUAUUUUACCACGUUACAGAUUGUUUUAAACCCCAAUUUAUAACAUGUUUGCCUUAAAUUAAGCCUUUUCAAGCAUAAAAAUGGCUAAAUAUAAAUAAACAUUACUAUAUAGGAUUAAAAGAGUGUAAAGGUGAAUAAAUUGUGUGAUUUGAUGUGCAGAGGGCUCUCAAAAUGUUAAAAUUGUAUUUAGAAGCUUGUAAACUAGGGUUUCAAUGCUCUAAUGAUGGAAAUAUUAUAAUUAUAAUUGAUUACUACUUUGCGGAAAUUCAUUUAUCACAGCCAUGUCCUGAAUUAAUUAACAGUGAUAAACGAGGGAUUAGUGUAGUGUAACAGUAGAGAAACAAAUAAAUGCAUUCGGAAGUUCAGAGAAGGUCAAAUAAAAUUCAUCUGUGAAUUAUUGAGCAGUUUAGGUUUAUCCUAAAAUUUCACUUAAAAGCCGAGUAACUUUUUGUGAAAGGUGUAGUCAGGACCUGUUCCACACCUUUUUGGGAAGUAUUAUAAUGUUGAUGCAUUAACUUCAGGGGUGUCCACUUUUUUCAUUGAGGGCUGCAUAGUGACAUUGGAGAAUGCUGGAAGCCUUUUAGAUAUGUUUCAUACACUUAAGACGCUAAUUAAUAACAAAGUAUUUACUUUACAAUAGACCAAGGGAUAAAAAAAACAACUAUCCACACCCAGAAAAUGGCCACUAGACCACACUUUGGACGGCCUUUACAUACUUGAACUGAAGAUCUGUCUCUCUCUUCAUGGAAGAACUCUGAGAGUGUCUGAUUUCCAUCCAUUCAACAUUUUCCACAAAGUGCCACCCAUAUUUCUUUGGACACCUUUGGAGAUGUAUCAACUUUUCUCUGAAGUUUACUGUCUUAUCAAAUAUUGAUGUCACAGGCUUGCAUUAAAGACAUUGCACAGAUUAUAGAAAGGCAUUUUGUACAAAAAAACUUUCUUAUAUUGGCGAUAUGCUGACAGUGCAAGCACAACCCAGCUUGUGAGGGCUUGUAACUUCAGCUUUAGGUAUGCGGUUAGUUCGAAUUCAAUUUCAGCAAAUCCUUGGUUAAUACAUUUGUAUAUUUGUUCGUCAUACACGGUGUAGUUGUCCCAUCAGGGGUCACCACAUGGAGUGAUUCUCAGGAUUUCUUUGGCUUAGUUUUUACACCGGAUACCCUCCAAGGAUUUCCUUCCUGACAAAGCACUGCCAUUUAUCCGGGCUUGGGACAGAGGAACGCCAAAGGAUGGGAAUCGAACAAUGGGCCAAAAUUUCCCACAUAUUGUCGUUUAUUCUCUGAGGGAAGGCUCACUUUAAUAAACAAUUCAAUGGUAAA